AUGUCUUUUGAGAAGAUGGAAGUAGUAAAUCCAGCUGAGAAGGAAGCAAGUGAGGUGCUGCAUUCACUUUUAUCAGUAGAGCGUCGCAGUGUUGACAGCAAGGAGGCUAUAAUAGUGUCCAUACCAUCGGAUCAAAACGGUGGCGGCGAGUAUGGGGAGAGCGCUCAAUGGCACACCCCAGUUAUGGGACAACAUUCAGUUUUCGAACUUGGUGGAGGCCAAAACAUGCAACAACAUAAUUAUAAUGGACAUCAAGAACAGGUGCUUUGGCAAGGACAUACAAUACAAGUGGAAAACGGUGAUGGCAAUAUGCAGAGUAUGCAGGGCACAUACAGUAUUGAGUUUGAAACAAAUGUUGAAGGAAAUGAUAUGGAUGUUGAUACAAAACCUAAAGUCGAGAAGAAAACGGGCACAAAAAGAAAGAAAAAAAUGGCUGAAACUGAUAGCGAUGAAGAGGUUCUUGACAAUAAACUAGAGGAUAAUCCAGCUCAGGUGAAAGAACGAUUAAGGCGAGGUUGUGACUGCAAGGACAAUUGUUAUCGAGGAUUAAACCCAGAAGCAGUUUAUCGUCACAGACUGAACAUAGCUGAACUUACUAAGAGCGAACAUGACAUGUACUUGAUGGGAAUAACUAUGGCCAGUUUAGCUAAUCCAGCGGAAACAUCGAGACAUAAAGUUAGGAGGAGAUUAAGAGCCUGUUAUGUGUACCAAGGGAGGAAGGUUUGUUUAGAGGCUUUUCUUUACUUGGAGAAUGUGACCCACUAUCAGCUAAAACGCAUCAGGCAGCAUGUAAUGACUCACGGUGUAGCCCCACGGAUACAUGGCAAUGUUGGCAAGAAACCAUACAACACAUUCACCCUCGACAUAUAUAAACACGCGACAAACUUCCUCAAGGAAUAUUUGAAGCAGCACGCCAGCUCUCCCAAAGAUGUUCAGCCUUCCGGUGAAGGUAAAAAAGCAAGCAAGACUGUUAUUAUUCAGGGUGACUCGAGAAAGCAUUUGUUCGAGGCUUACAAAGAAUAUGGAGAAAUUUUGGAGCCUGGAGUGAAACUCAUGGGAUAUUCAACAUUCCGUGCGUUCAUGAAGGAUCAAUUUCCUCACGUUAAAUUUGCAACUAAAAAGCAGGAGAUACCUAAGGACUUGGUUCCAUUCCGGAGUGGUAAGUGCAUGUCCUAUGAUAAAAAUAAGGAUCCGAUCAGGAUACAGCAAGAAAAAGAGAAGGCCGAAGCUAAAAAGGCAGCUAUGGAAGCUAAGAAGAAAGAGGAACACGAUCGUGAACAACAAGCGCAGCAGCAGGCACAACAGCAACAGCAGCAAGUGCAACAAGUCCAAGUGCAGCAACACCAGCAAAUGCAGAAUCAAGGCCCGCAUGUGGUGAUACACCAGCAGCAGCCGUCGCAGCAACAACAGAUGCAGCAGCAGAUGUUAGUGCCGCAAGUGAGUCAGCACCAGCAAGUGCUGACGCAGCAAGUGGGUGGCGUGCAGCAAGUGUCUCAGCAGCAUUGCGUUCAGCCGCUCGGCGUGUCUGAAGACAGCGGUCAACCAGUGGAAAUGGCACAACAAGUUAUACCAUUAGCUGUAGUACAACAACCACAGCAAGCCUACAUAGUAACUCCUGUAUCGCACUUCCAAACUAGAGUGCAAGGCGCGUGGUACAGACAUUGA